GUUCUUCCUCAAGUGCAACCAGAACUGCCUUAAGAAUGCCGGCAAUCCACGUGAUAUGAGACGCUUCCAGGUGGUCAUUGCCACGCAAGUAUCAGUAGAGGGACCACUGCUGGCCGUCUCGGAUAACAUGUUCGUCCACAACAACAGCAAACACGGGCGUAGAACGAAACGAUUGGAUCCCAGCGAUCCUGGAGAAUACAACAGUCUCUACACACCUGUACCUCUCCAAACACCGUGCAUAAAAGCGAUAUCACCAAACGAAGGAUGGACUUCCGGUGGAUCCACAGUGAUAAUCAUUGGGGAGAACUUCUUUGAUGGACUUCAAGUAGUUUUUGGAUCUAUGUUGGUUUGGAGCGAGCUAAUUACACCAAAUGCGAUCAGAGUACAAACUCCACCACGACAGAUACCAGGCGUCGUUGAAGUCACGUUAUCCUACAAAACAAAACAAUUCUGUAAAGGAGCACCUGGUAGAUUCGUUUAUGUUUCACUGAGUGAGCCGACGAUCGACUACGGCUUCCAAAGGUUACAGAAACUUAUUCCUCGACAUCCCGGUGACCCAGAAAAAUUACCAAAAGAAGUGAUAUUGAAAAGAGCAGCGGAUCUCGCGGAAGCGUUAUACAGUAUGCCCAGAAGCGGAAACGCUGGAAUUACUGGAGCACCCAGGAGUCCCGGAUCCGGCCACCCACCUGCACCCCCGACCUCUAGUUCGGCAACAGCGUUCAACUCGUAUACAGGACAGUUAGCUGUGACGGUACAGGAAAAUGGUAGCGCGGCGAAAUGGACAGACGACGGUAGUUCCGUGACGACAGGAGCUGGUGCUGGAGGCGGAGGCGGCGGUGGUGGUAGCGUCGGAGGAAGCGUCGGUGGUAGCGCCGACGCCUAUAGGCAAAGCAGCAGCGCGAGUCCACGCGGGGUCGUAACCGGCGGUGGUUAUUGCGGAAGUUCGGCUAGUACACCUCACAGUCACAGUACAAACGGAAGUUACUCGGUAGCCAACCCGUACACCGGUAGCCCAACUCUUUAUACAUCGCCGCACGAACAGUAUGGCAUUUUCUAUACGUCCGGGGACGGGAGUGCGUUCGCCCCCGUAGUACGACCACCGACCACCUCAGUCCCACUGCACUGGUCCACACAGCACCACCUCGCCACAGCCGCCCAGUAACCGCUAACCGUCCACCAUCACAACCACCAUCAUCACCACCACAACCACCCUAUGCACUGCGAUUAAAGAAUUAUGAGAAACAUGCACGAGAGACGAGACUCGAGGAUUGGGUAUGUUGCAGGACUAGGAGAGGUGGUCGGUUCACCGUUCAACAUAAACCCAUUUAUGUUGCCCACCUGCAGCCAAGGAUACUCGAGCGCCACCAGUCCGUUGCUCUCGUCGAACGGCAAAUAGUGUUACGAGAUGUAAGCUCCGGCGAAAAUAUCGAGGGGCUAUGUGUUCACGGAAGCGAAAUCCAUCGAUGCGGAGGAUUUCAACGAAUUCUGAUAUUCCAAUAAUCAUCGUAUUCGCGAUUGACAAUCGCUUUCAUGAAUCGAAAUCGCUCCUCUCGAUUCACCAUUUUACUUUUUCCCUAGUUGCCGCGUAAAGGAAGAAGGAACGACCGCAGUGAAGCGUCUGCGCACGAUUUUCGUCGGAGCCGAGCGAUGAAUUCUGUUUGCGAGAGUAUAUCGA